UGGUUUAAGCUCCAACUCUUUCAGUGUGCGUUUGAAUAGCCACCAACAUGAUAGACCCGAUCACCAAUACAUUGCUUCUUAGCACUUUAUUCCCUUCCUACUUUACCCUAUCAAAUAUUAUACCAGUUGACUCUCUGACACUUGAUCAUGCACUUUAUUAAAAAGCUUUGAAAUCGUGUAUUUUUAUAUGCCCAACCUCUUUUUAUCUUUAGUGGCUGAUGUUUGUAUCUACCCCAUUUUGUUUGGUUAUUAUGUGUUUUAUUGUAUGUUGUAUGUUGAGUUAUGUUUUAACUGCUUAUUUUAUUUUAUUUUAUUAUUGUAUCAUUGUUUUUAGCUCUAGAUACUUGUUGUAAUUGUUCUUUUUUGGUUCUGUUUUGGGCUUGGCCCCAUGUUAGCCGGCCCGAGUCCCUUCGGGGAGAUGGUGGCAGGAUAGAAAAAUAAAGUAUUAUUAUUAUUAUUAUUAUUAUUAUUAUUAUUAUUAUUAUUAUUAUUAUUAUUAUAAGUUUUCUCCACUUCUUUUCCUGAAUGUCUGUGCUCCUACUCCACCCCAGUACAGAAUUAAACAAUUCUAUCAUCACUUCUGCGCUUUUCAGAGUACACUCAGGCCACCAAUAUUUACAGAUCACUUAUUUUGUAGCAAUUGUUUAAUUAGCUCUACCUUCUCACCUCAAUCUGUCUGCUGUCCAGCUCUUCACUGCAGUCUUUCCAACAACACCAGUCCCUUACUCCUUUCCCUACCUUCCCAUUGAAGCAAUCCCCAGAUUUGAAACUCCUGUCUUGCCCCCCUGCUUACCUUUCCACGGAAGCCUAAUCCAGACUUGAAAACCCCUUUGUUUCUGCCUUCUCCAUAUUCCAUUGCACAUCAUCCUGUCACAAUCCUCUCCCAUUCCCCACUGAUGUAUCUUCUUCCCUGUUGUUUCCUUUGGCUCCCCACCACCACCUUCAAUUUAGGUUGACACUUGUGUUGGGGUGCCAGUCUAUCUCAUGAGCAGAGGACGAGAAAGAGUGAAAAUGAUGAUGGGGCAGAGAAGGGUUUGGCAUAGAAGUGCUGAGCCUGAUAUGUAAAAGUGUGUUGCUUUCAGAAAGUAAUACAAAUAGAAUUUACUUGUUUGAAUUGGAUUUAUUUCUUAUACAAAUGGAACGACAAGAUCAUGAGCUGUAAGGAACAUUUGAACCAUAAGGAACAUCUUUGUUUUUGCCAAUUUAUCAGGCUCUGAGAAGAAGGUUUAUGAGAACCUAACUAUGGGUCAAUAGCAGAUCGCGUGGUGGAUAGGUUGGAGACUGUGCAGAGAAGGAACCUGGGAAUAUAGUAGGUCUUGUUGAGUUUGGUUUGGUGAACUUGUGUCCCAUAUAUAAAUUGGCAAUGUCUAGGUUUGCUUUUAGGAUUUUUUUUAAAGUAUACACAAGCUGACGAUGGUUGAAGUAAUGCAGACUCUGUGAACACAGAUGGCUGAUUGCACUAACUUCCUCAGUGACCAAAAAAAGAUAUAUACAGGUUAGCAAAACUUGACACAUUAGCAUUAGUAUACAGCAGGGGUUCCCACCGGAUGGAACCAGCCCCCCAAGGUUGUUUACCUGGCUCCCACUCAAAACUUCAGACUACUGGUGUCAUCACCCUCUUCUUGCUCCUUAACUCUCCUUUCCAUUCCUUUCCUCUCUCUAUCUCCCCCAAAACAGAGAUAAUUCUCUCCACCCGCUCUUGCUUCUUAAUUCUCUUUUCCUUUCCUUCCACUCCUCUCUGUGCGCUCUCUCUCUCUCUCUCUCUCUCUCUAAAACCAGGGGGUGGGGGUAGGAUGGUUUGGGGGAGGAGGUUAUCUUCUCCACCCCUCUUGCUUCUUUAAUCAUUCUUUCUUCUGCUCUGCUCUGCUCUGCUCUGCUCCUUUCCACUUUCUAUCUCCUUAUAAAACAGAGGGAUCAUUUAUUGGGACAGUUCCUAUCUCUGUUUUAUUUCUAUUUUUCUACCAUAGCACAUGGCAUUGAAUGUGUGCCGUUCUUGUUUUUGAAAGCCGCCCUGAGUUCUUUUGGGGAGAGAGGAUCACCGGAGUCCUCCAGAACAGCCGACAUGGGUUGCAAUAUUUCACAACCAAAGAGGGCUGAAGAGAAAAAGAACUCAGAUGUGCUUGUGUGGUCAAGCCAGGCCAGCUCAGACAAGCCAUCAAAAUGCACUUUCUGAAAUAUCAUUUUUUGAAGAGAUGAGAUCAGUUUUAAAAACCAUAAUUUCUUUACCAAAUGCCAAAGAAGACUUAAUCCGAAACAUAGCUGAGAAAUUAUGUGAAACUUUUAAUGCUGUAUCUAUUUAUGAAGUAGCUCGUGAGUUGGAAAGAUCCCUGGAAUUGUGGGAAAAAACAGAGCUUCACAUUGCAGUCAUUGGGGAGACUGGGGCUGGGAAAUCUUCUUUCAUCAAUGCUAUGAGAGGCCUAAAGCCUGGAGAUGUUGGAGCUGCCCAAGUUGGAGUGACAGCAACAACUUCGAACCCAAUCUGUUAUGAGAGUCCGAAUGAUCCGAAUGUGAAGUUCUGGGACCUGCCAGGGGUAGGAGCUCCAGAAUUUCGAUCAAAUGAUUACCUUGAGAAGGUUAAUUUCCACCGUUACGACUUCUUCAUUAUUCUAUGCUCAAAGCGCUUCCGGGACAUUCACAUUGACCUAGCUCAGAUAAUUGAUAAUGAAAAGAAGAAGUUUUAUUUUGUGCGCACAAAAGUGGAUGAAGAUUUGACAAACAUGGAAAGGGAUUAUCCUAGGACCUUCAAUGAAGCAAAUGUCCUACAAAAUAUUAGGGAUGACUGUAACAGAUAUUUCCAAGUAUACAUGGGGAGUUUUAUCCCCCAGGUUUUUCUGCUAUCCUCUUGCAAAUUGGAAAGGUUUGACUUUUACCUUCUGAUAGAGAGGCUUGAAGGAGAUCUGCCCAUACUGAAGAAACUGAAGUUCAUCUUGAAUCUCCCCAAUGUGUCAUCUGAUAUCAUACAGCAGAAGAAACAGCUCCUAGAGGGAGAGUUAUGGAAAGUUUCUCUGGUGACUGCAUGCAUAAAUGCUGUUCCACUUCCAGAUUUUCCUGUGGCUUUCAAUGCUAGUUUUUUGCAGAAAUAUAUGGCUGACAUGUACAAGAAAUUUGGAUUGGAUGGUGACUCAUUAGCUUUGUUGGCCUGGCACAUAAACAAGCCUGUAGAAGAGUUGAAGGCUCAAAUUAAAUCAUCACAAGAAGAAUACAUCAGCACAGAUAGUAUAAUAAAGAAAUGUUUCAAUAUUGUUAUGACAUUUGUUGUUUUCUGGAACAAAUAUUUUCCGCUUAGUGUGGUUACUAGUUUAGCUAAUGUAGGCUUAUCAUUUACAAGCACUUCCAGAAUGCUCUAUAAAUUCCUAGAUCAAGUGGCUGAAGAUGCUGAAAGGGUUUCUAAAGAAGCCCUGAAGCAUGUUGAAUAUGAUAUCAAUAGACCUCUUAACAGAACAUGAGAAAUCAACUCUUGUCAAGAAACCAGCCAACCUAUAUGUAUAUAUGCUUUCAGUCAUUUGCUUUACUGUGAUUUGUAACUCUUGAGAAGUAAUAGAAGUCCUCCAGUCAUUGACUGGAGUUAAGAGUGUAUCACAUGGCCAGGGUCACCCAGUGGGUUUUCCAUCAUCAAACAUGGAUUCGAACCAUGAUCUCCAUAGUUGUAGUCCAACACUCAAAUCACUGUGGCACACUGAUUCCCUGUAUUGCCAGUAUUUUUUUUUAUUAUAUCUGCUUAUGUGCUUGUAGAGUUGGUGUGAAAGGAGGCAUUGAUCAACUUCAUUGCCCAUAGUUUUCCCAGGCAAGCAAACUACCUUUCUGCUGCCUAGACAACCCCUUCUCCAUGGCCAUUUAGUGAUCAAGCAAGAGGCGGACUGAUUGCUUUUUUACAGCAGGAUGCACAAAAGAGCACCUUGUCCUAUGUACUGUAAUAUUUUCUGGCAGGUGACACUUGCAGUUUAUGUGAAAUUGCCAAAUCUUUCGACGUGGUCAGUCACAAGUCUCUAACUUUCACAGAUUAGGAGAUAAAUGAAUAUGCAAAUUCUCCAGUUGUGAGGGACACAUCUCUGGGCAAGUGGAAAAGGCCUGGUCCAGGAUAAUUAUGCUAAUUCCUUUUUUUAAAAUGUUGGACAUUGUUUUGUCACCAUAGAUGUAUUUAUUGGGAAUAACAGACAAAGAAUUAGAAAACAAAUAUGGAUUACUUCUCCAAUACAUUUGAACAGCCACAAGAAGACUGUUUGCUCAGAUCUGGGAGCAAACUGAAGUAACAAGUAUAGAAUCAUGAACUCUUAAAGUGGCCAAGUUAUCUCAGGUUGGCAGGUUAACAUGAAUUUUGAAGGGGGAAAAAACUCCAAUUAAUGAUUUCAUGAAAAUCUCAAAGCAAUUUAUGGCCUUUUUUGUCAAAAGACGAAUAAUGAGAUGAUUAUGUUUACGAGCUUUAACUCUUCUAGUAGGGUUAUUUUUUCAAAUCUGUAAUGGGAGACCUAUACAAGCUUUUAUUCUUCUGCAGAAGUUUAUUUUAAUUAUAAAGAAAUUUAUUUUAAUAAGAUUGAGGGCCCUGAGCCCCACAAUGGAUUAAUUACUUAGUAGUUCAGUGUUUACGUAUAGUGUAUCAGUUUUUGUGUUAGAUAACAUAAGUUUCAAAUAUAUUUUGAUGAAUUUAUUCAUUAUUAUAUAUUUUUCUUAUAUUUUAUUGUCUCUUUCUUAUUGUCAUUUUCUUUUACUUUUUCCCUUAUUUUGAAUACUUUGAAAUGUUUUACAUUUCUGUAUUGUACAAACUUAAAAUUAAUAAAAAUUAUGGUACCAAAA